AGAGCCUAUAUUGUCCUCAUCAUAGUACAGAAGAAUUCAAGAUAGGAGAGAGAGGCAGCAACGAAUGAAGACUAUAAAAGAAAAGAAGGAAUGCCAAAGACUGAGAAAAUCUGCCAGGACUAGAAGGGUAAUCCAGAGAAAACCAUCUUCAGAGCCUGUUUGCAGACUAUGCCUUCGAGAACCUGGGGAUCCUGAAAAGCUAGGAGAAUUCCUUCAGAAAGACAAUCUCAGUGUGCAUUAUUUCUGUCUUAUAUUAUCUAGUAAGCUGCCUCAGAGGGGCCAAUCCAACAGAGGUUUCCAUGGAUUCCUGCCUGAAGACAUCAAAAAAGAGGCAGCCCGGGCUUCUAGGAAGAUCUGCUUUGUGUGCAAGAAAAAAGGAGCUGCUAUCAGUUGCCAGAAGAACCAUUGCGUCAGAAACUUCCAUCUGCCUUGUGGCCAAGAAAGGGGUUGCCUUUCACAAUUUUUUGGAGAGUACAAAUCAUUUUGUGGAAAACAUCGCCCAACACAGAACAUCCAUCAGGGGAAAUUGAGGGAGGAAAACUGCGUCUUAUGUUGUGAAGACUUAUCUCAAGCGAGUGUUGAGAACAUCCAGAGCCCAUGUUGUAGUCAAACUAUCUACCACCGCAAGUGCAUCCAGAAAUAUGCCCACACAUCAGCAAAGCAUUUCUUCAAAUGUCCCCAGUGCAACAACAGAGAAGAGUUUCCUCAAGAAAUGUUAAGAAUGGGAAUUCAUAUUCCAGACAGAGAUGCUGCCUGGGAACUUGAACCAGGGGCUUUCUCAGAGUUAUACCAGCGCUAUCAGCAUUGUGAUGCUCCAACCUGUCUGUAUGAACACGGCAGAGACAGCUUUGAGGAUGAAGGGAAGUGGUGCCUUAUUCUGUGUGCUACGUGUGGAUCCCAUGGAACCCAUAGAGACUGCUCCUUUCUUAGAUCCAACGGCAAGAAAUGGGAAUGUGAGGAGUGUUCACCUUCUGCUUCAAUCACAGACUAUGUACCUGAAAACUCAGAUGACAUCCCCUGCUGCAGCAGCACCUUCCACCCCCAGGAGCCACUCUGCAGAGAUUCCAGUCUGGGAGAGAAUCCAGGCCCUUCUUGGAAUGAUUGGCCAGGAACUUCCUCGGUAGAAAAUCCAGAGUCCUCUGAUGGCAGGAGGAGCCAUUCCUGGCAAUCCAAGGGAAUCAAAAUCCCUAAGAGCUGCAAAAAAUCCCAGUAACAGCUUCUGAGUAGUUGCUGCCAAACACAAUUAGGUAUGAAGUAGCACUCCACCAUUGGGCUUGGGGGAGGAGGGAGCAUUUGGGGACUGUGAGACAGGGAAAGAGGGCCAGCAGUAAGACUAUGAGCCAAGCAAAGAAACCCCAGGAGAGUGUGAGGGAAGAGCAGAGUCAAGAUGCCAACAGCCAGAUGUAUUUGUGGCUCUGAGAGUGCCUUUGCUCUUUCCUCCCAGUUCUCUUUCUUCCACCUUAAUCUGGUUCUCAUAUGCCUCU